UAGGCUUGCAAAAGGGAAUGAAAUAAUUGAUUCCCAGGUAGAGUUGCAAUAAUAAAAAACAACCCCACAAACAAACAAACAAAUAAAUGAAUAAAACAUAAACCCUAAACCCAUUCCUCUGUUGUGUUCUGUUUUAUUUACAUUCCACCCGACUUGUGGUUUUGCAGGAUGGGCUCUGCAUUUUAGUGGCUAGAUGAUAGAAAGUUAACAUCCAUUCUAGCUCUCAUGUGUUAAUUUGAGGAUAUACUUACGCUCCUUAAAUCCCAAAUCCCCCAAAAUCUGUUCAUCAAAAUGCAUAUGAUCUUCCCACAUUUAAUCCUACGAUCAACCUCAAAAUCUCUUAACUCUUCAAAAUCGAUCCCCUCCAUUUUUCGUGAGUUUUCACAAUCAACCUCAAUACCCAAAAAGCAACAACGUGUUCGAGAUCAUGGCUAUGAUAACUACAUGGAAAUCGAGAAAAAAAUGCGUAAAGUUCUUAAAGUUCAAGAACUCAUCCUCUCUCAGCCUAAUUCCAUGGUCUCAUCUGCUCGUCUAGACAACCUUUCUCGCCGACUUGGGUUCAAGCAAUUCGAAGCGGGCCGUUUUAUACUCAAGUUUCCACACAUAUUUGAUGUUUUUGAACACCCUGUUCAAAGAAUCCUCUAUUGCAGACUUACCCGAAAAGCCCUUUUACAAAUUCAACAAGAAAAUGAAGCUGUCAAGGCCCAAAUCGAUGCAGCUGUAACUCGGUUGAGGAAGCUCCUGAUGCUGUCCAACACUGGAUGGGUUGGGCUUGAGCAUGUUCGGAUUGCGAGGAGGGAGUUCGGGUUCCCUGAGGACUUCGAGUAUUCGGUAAUUCUAAAACACCCACAAUAUUUUAGAUUAUUUGAAGAUAAAGAAAGUAAAAGCAAGUACAUAGAGAUAGUAGAGAGAGACCCAGAACUUGGUGUUUGUGCUAUAGAGAAAGCCAGGGAAAAAGAAUAUAGAGAAAAUGGUGGAGAUGCUGAAAACAUACGAUUUUCGUUUAUUAUCAAUUUUCCACCUGGGUUUAAAACUGGGAAAUAUUAUAAAAUUGCUGUUUGGAAAUGGCAAAGGCUCCCUUAUUGGUCGCCAUAUGAAGAUGUGUCGGGUUAUGAUAUGAGAUCACUUGAGGCCCAAAAGAGAAUGGAAAAACGUGCUAUUGGGAUGAUUCAUGAAAUUUUAUCAUUAACUAUCGAGAAAAAGAUCAGUUUGGAGAGAAUUGCUCAUUUUAGGAUUACUAUGAAUUUACCGAAAAAGCUAAAGGAUUUUCUUCUUCAGCAUCAGGGUAUAUUCUAUAUUUCUACUCGAGGGAAUUAUGGGAAGCUUCAUACGAUUUUUCUUAGAGAGUCUUAUACUAAGGGUGAGUUGAUCGAGCCAAAUGAGUUGUAUUUGGCUAGAAGGCAAUUGGCUAAGUUGAUUACUUUAAGGAGACCAAAUAUGGAGCAGGAGCUUGUGUAUCAUAGGAGGGAUAACUUGAGUAAUCAUUUGGAUCAACUUGAUGCAGACCAUGCCAAAAUUAUAUCUGAAGAGUUCGGGACAGAUGAUGAUGUCAGCAAUAAUGGCCAGGAGAGUGACGGUUCCAAUCUUGAUGCGGAAAGUGAUGGUGAGUCUUGUGACACUAACAGAGAAGAUGAUUGUCAUGGAGGUGUAGAGACGGAAGAAAAUAAACUGAUUGAUUGAUAAUUCAUGAGUGGUUUCGUUAAUUAUGUCAAGUCUGUUGUAAACGACCAACUGCAUGAAAAGAUGACCAACUUUGGCCGAAUUGAUUUAUGAGUCAAAUCAACCCUCUUUUUGGCCAAAAAACACUGUCAAUGCUGUAAUUGUUGAUCUAAGGUAAUCUGAUGUUGCAACUGGUCAUCUUAGGGAAUUACCUUCAAUCAAGCCUCUGUGAAACUUUGACGGUUUUUCUCACCUAAAAUAACCUGGUCACCUGAAGCAGAAUCUAAGCGACAGUUGAGUCCCUAUUAUGCAAUCAGUCCAAUAGUAAUGGUGCAUUUUGUGAGUAAAAGCUUCAUAAAUCUUUCUCCUAGUUUAUUCACAAAACCAUAGUCAGGCAUACGGUGGUGGAGUUUGUCCCCAGGUGUUACAGAAGCCAGGUCAUUAACAGACAAGAUUUUGCUGCAGGAGCCUUCUUUUUCUUUCUUAAAAAAACAAAGGCUGAUAAGUUGAUUACAGAUACAGUACUUGUUUUUCGGUAUACGAAUUUACUAUAAUCUUUAGCAUAUUUAGAGAAUCAAGUAUGCAUGAAUUUGUACCUCGCAUAACACAUUCUCUCCCAAGUGUUAAAGUUACAUUACAUUUUGCUACACCCUGAGUAAAUUUUAUUUGUUUCAAAGUUAUAUGAAUGAAUCAUGUUUGUUCAUUAACGUAUAA